AUAAAAUUUCGAUUUGAAUGUUCAAUGAAAUAUACAUAUCAAAAAUACAUUUAACAUAGAAUGUAAGUAUAGUGAGUCGUCCUAACCUACGUCCACUCUUGAUUCCUCUCCCUUCGAGGCUAUCGGUUUUCAUUAUCGAUUUUCUUUUUAACGAGCGAAGAUCAACUAUCUUUAUUAUUUUUUUUUUUUUUUUUACAUGAGAAACCUUUCACACUCAUCCUUUAUAAAAAGUAAUCAUACAUACGGAAAAGACUUAAUACUUUUUAUAAUACUUUUAUUAAUUUUUACUCAAUUCUUACCUUAUCAAACAAACAUGAUAUUAACUCUAAAUAACUUUAAAAAUAGAAGAAAAAAAAUUUAAAUCCCCCGUCAUCGAAGCAACGGCAGGAACUGGGUGUCACCCCCAAUUUGCCGCCUCUGUUUUGCGGAGGUUCCUACCAUCCUCCAUUGCGAAUGCUUACUUACUGAGGCAUCUUCUUCCACUUCGUUUGUUCUUCCCGCCUCGAUUUCACCCCCGAUCGCCAAUUCUAGGGUCCCGAUUCCGCCUCGAUCGCUCGAUCCUUCGCCAUGGGGACGGGCUGCAAGUCAGCGUUGCACCAUCUGCACAGGGACAAGGCCAGGAACCGGGUGGACGACCUCCAGUCCGCCAUCAAGGAUUGCCGCGCCGCCGACGUCGCUGUCCUCGAGGAGCAGGUCUACCAGAGGCUCCGCGAGUGUUGGGCCGAGCUCAACCAGCCUUCACCCACCACCUCCCUGCAGACGCUCCGUCUGUUGCAGCUGAGCGAGGAGGAGGAUGAUGCGACGAGCAAGCUGGCCGAGUUGGCGUUCGGGAACACACCAAAGCCCGAGCUAGUGGAAUUGCAACAAGCUGAUGUUGGAGCCGCGCAAGGUGGACGGGCUGCCAACUUUCAAGAGGAAUACUAUGUGAAUCAGAAUGUAGUUGGGCAGAAGCUCCCAUAUGCUGACCACUAAGAGAGCAAACUCCAGACAGGGCCAGAUAACGUGACUUGCCAUGAAGGGGUCAAUCAUUAUAAUUAUCAGCAAUACAAUAUGCUUCAAGAACUGCCCCAUGAUCUUUAUGUUGAUGUCGAUCCUACUGAGUAGAAUGGCCGAAAUGUGUUUCCCUAUAUGUCAUAUGUGCUGCCAGCUAUUUGCCCUCCGCCUUCUGCAUUUUUAAGGCCAAAGUGUGCUCUUUGGGAUUGUCCAAGGCCUGCUCAGGGCUCAGAAUGGUGCCGAGACUAUUGUAGCAGCUUCCAUACCACUCUAGCGAUUAAUGAAGAUAUGCCAGGUAUGAUGCUGGUGCUUCGCCCUGGAGGCAUCGAUUUGAAGGAUGGUCCACUUUUUACUGCUCUUAGCGCAAAAAUACAAGGAAAAAUUGUUGGCAUUCCAGUAUGUGAAGGUGCAAGGUCACCAUGGAAUGCUUCAGGUAUGGGUGUACUCC